GUAGCUAGCAGCUCAACACACAAACCAGCCAACAAUGGCUUCUCGCGCGCGUGUCCUUGUGGUUGCCGCGCUGGUCGCCCUGUGCGCCGCCGCGGCCUCCGUCGCGGCACAGCCACCGGCGACGCCGCGGCCUCUGCCGUCCAACUACCACGUCAUAACCCCGGGCAAGUACAGGAGGGACCAGCAACUGGCCUGCAACGACGACAGGACCAACAACACGGCGUGCUUGGCCAAGUGCGACAGGCGCUGCCCUAACCAGUGCAUCGUCCUCUGCCCAGGAUGCAAGACCUUCUGCAUGUGCGACUUCUACCCCGGCGUGUCCUGCGGUGACCCCCGCUUCACCGGCGGCGACGGCAACAACUUCUACUUCCACGGAAAGAAGGACCAGGACUUCUGCAUCCUCUCCGACGCCAACCUGCACAUCAACGCCCACUUCAUCGGCAAGCGCAACCCCGCCAUGAGCCGCGACUUCACCUGGAUCCAGGCCCUCGGCGUCCGCUUCGCCGACCACCGCCUCUACAUGGGCGCCAAGAAGACCGCCAAGUGGAACAACGACGUCGACCGCCUCGACCUGGCCUUCGACGGCGCCCCCAUCGACAUCCCUACCGAGAUCGGCGCCGUGUGGCAGUCCGCCGCCGCGCCUGGGCUCACCGUCACCAGGACCGCCACCACCAACGGCGUCAGGGUGCAUCUCACGGGGAUGUUCGACAUCAUGGCCAACGUGGUGCCAAUCAGCGAGGAGGACUCCCGCAUCCACAACUACGGCGUCACCGACGACGACAGCCUGGCGCACUUCGACCUCGGCUUCAAGUUCAUCGACCUCUCCGACGACGUGCACGGCGUCCUCGGCCAGACCUACCGCUCCGACUACGUCAACCAGCUCAGCGUGAGCUCCAAGAUGCCAGUCAUGGGCGGGGCGCCCAACUACGUCGUCUCAGACAUCUUCGCCACCGACUGCGCCGUCGCAAGGUUCGGCGCCGGCCGCGCAGGAAUCUCCAUGGUCACUUCUAGGGCCUACUAAACUCGUUGUUACUUGCACGUACGUUGCCGUCGAUGCAGCAAGCAUGACGCAUCGCCUAUGGCAAUACUCGUUUGGGAAGAUCAUCGCAUGCAGUAAUAAUAAAUUUAUUUACCAACAGGCAAGAACCAUCUUGUCGAUGUUGGGAAGAUCAUAUUAUGGUGGAAUUCAAUGUUAAAUCCGUUGCUUACUACCAGUCCCUGAAAAAACUCCAUAAUCAUUAUUUGAUGAUGUCUUCCAUGGUUGUAAUAAUGUAAGGCGUUUGAGGGGCAUACAUUUGGUUGGCAACUAAUUUUACCACA